UUCAUGCUUUUAUGUUCUCAAGUUCGUUGUUAUAUUCACUUCUAUUUACAGGAUCAUAACCUAACAUUCAUCCUUUUAAAUAAUAAUUCAUUUAAAGUUAUCGAGAGUCUGAUAAGAGCAUGUGGCAACGAAAAUGAUCUUCCACCAAUUCUUCCUUGCAAUUAUAAGUGUUUUCAUCUAUUUGAAAGGUUAUCUGCCCAUGAAACAAAAUGACUUUGAAGUCAUCAAGCCCCCUAGCCAAAUACUCGACUAUAAACUCAAUGUAUCGACUCUAUAUAAACCGAGAAUCGAACGUUUGAUAUUCGUGAUCAUAGACGCUUUGCGCGAAGAUUUCGUUACUUUGGAUAACAUGCCUUUCACUUACCAAGAGAAUAAUCGAAUUCUGAAAGUUAAAGUUGAAGCUCCAACUGUUACCCUACCAAGGAUCAAGGCGUUAACCACAGGUGGAAUUCCGCAAUUCGUUGAUAUCAUAUUGAAUUUGGGAGCAACCACAAAAUGCGAUGACAGUUUCUUGGAUAGAGCCAAAGCUGCUGGCUUGAACAUGAUCUUUUUUGGAGAUGAUACUUGGAUAAGAAUGUAUCCAGAUUUAUUUAUGAGAAUGGAUGGAACAACGUCGUUUUUUGUUAACGAUUUCAAGGAGGUCGAUGAUAACGUCACAAGACAUUUAGAUGAGGAGAUGCUGAAUGAUGAUUGGGAUAUCAUGUUCUUACAUUAUUUAGGUUUUAUUGAUGCAAUUGCAAUGGAAUUUGUAAUUGUAAUGGAUUUAAAUUUUCAGGUUUGGAUCAUAUUGGACACGUGAAAGGCCCAUUCAGUCCCUUGAUA